UGAUAGUUGAGUUCAAACCUCAAUAAAUUGUCUCCGCACACAGAGGCAGUUCGUGUUGCAGAUCCUCGAUCCUGUGCUAUUUGGAGAUGGAAAAUAUCGGAGACAAAGUGCAGAAGAAGCCUGUUCGCCUCAUCGCAGCGGUCUGCAAUGAUGGGGGCAUCGGGAAAGACGGGAAAAUGCCCUGGGAUUUACCGUUUGAAUUCCAAUGGUUCCUGAACAAUGUCACAAGGGUGUCGAAACCAGGAAAGAUGAACAUGAUGGUCUGGGGCAAACUGUGCUGGUUCUCCCACCCAAAAAGUACUUUCCCACUGGCCAAUACUCUGCAUGCGGUGCUGAGUUCGACACUGGACACGGUUCCAGAUCACGCCCACUUUGUGUGUAAAAACUUAGAGGCUGCUGUCCGUCUGGCUGGAGAGCCCCCCCUCGCUGGCCUGAUUGAGACCAUCUGGAUUGUUGGUGGGACGCAGGUCUACAAGGAAGCGCUGGAGCAUCCGUGGUGUGACUUGAUUUACCUGACGAAGGUCAUGGCAGACUUUGACUGCAACGUUUUCUUUCCUGAGUUUGACAGAGGACUCUUUAAAGUACAAGAAGGAUUUCCUGGUGUACCGAGUGAAAUUCAAGAGGAAAACGGCAUUAAGUACAAAUUCCAAGUAUUUAAGAGAGAGAGUGGCGAUGCGGUGUAGCUGGUAACAGAGAAAAAUAAAACACUCAAAAUCCCUCAUUCUUUGAAAACCUUUCAAGAUUCAUUGCGAUGGCUGGAGCCAUCAUAUUUUUAUAAAUUCAAUCAAAGUCUCGCUAACACGAUUUGUAUUUACUGAACAUUCCAGUGUAAAUAUAGGCUUUGUAAUUCAUAAAAAACUUGAAACACUGACACUUUAACAGUUUGUCAUUAUGUGUGUAUUCACUCUUCUUCCAUCGCUGCUGCUUUUGAUACAUUCUGGUGUUAAACAAAAACAACUGCCACCCUCUGCUGUCACCAUGUCAGCGUUCCCAUCUCGUCCUCCUCAGUAAUACUGCAGCUGCACAGAGAAUAUGCUUGUCAGCGAGUCAGUCAGCAGCCUAGGCCGAUGACAGCCUGUGCUGUGUGCAGCGCAGCAGAUCUGGUCCUCUCUAAGCCAACAUGACAGAUGCCAGUUUAGAAAGCCACAAGUGAAUUGUCCUACUGGUUUUCUUCGAUUCUAUAAUAACUGUCCUGUUCUUUAGAAAGAUAUGGAGACAUUUUGCAGCUUGUAAUUUGUUGUGGUAAUAAAUGGAAAGACACAUACUUAUUGAUAAAGGUUUUUACUGUCCAGUCUUUUGUGAAUCCAGGAGGUUCCUAUUGAAAAUAAAUCAAUGGUAACAUUUUAAUGGGGAAACAAAUGACAUUUUUGUGAAUUUAUUUUUCAUUUUGAAUAAACGAUCCUUCUUCAA